AUGGCGCGUCAUUGAAGAGGGACCAUGAUGGCGGCGGUCGGUUCACCAGAAGUGAUUUCACAGCUGGAAAGCGCUGCCAAAGUUUUAAUGGCACCGCCGUCCAUGGUCAAUGCAGAACAGAGGCAGCAUGCAGAGCACAUAUUCCUCUCCUUCAGGAAGUCUAAAUCACCCUUCGCUGUCUGCAAGCACAUCUUAGAGACCAGUAAGGUAGACUAUGUGCUGUUCCAGGCGGCCACAGCCGUCAUGGAGGCGGUGGUACGGGAGUGGAUCCUGCUGGAGAAGGCCAGCAUCGAGUCGCUCCGAACAUUCCUCCUCACCUACGUCUUACAGAGACCCAAUCUGCAGAAGUAUGUCCGGGAGCAGAUCCUGCUGGCUGUAGCCGUCAUAGUAAAGAGAGGUUCUCUGGACAAGUCGAUCAACUGUAAAGGCAUCUUCCACGAAGUCAGCCAACUCAUCAGCAGCGGCAACCCCACAGUGCAGACGCUGGCCUGCUCCAUCCUGACGGCCCUCAUCAGUGAGUUCUCCAGCUCCAGUAAGACCAGUAACAUCGGCCUCAACAUGGAGUUCCAUGGCAGCUGCAAACGCAUUUUUCAGGAGGAUGACCUUCAUCAGAUCUUCAUGUUGACCAUGGAGGUGCUGCAGGAGUUCAGUCGCAGAGAGAACCUCAACGCUCAGAUGUCCUCAGUGUUCCAGAGAUACCUGGCCCUGGCCAAUCAGGUCCUCAGCUGGAACUUCUUGCCGCCCAAUCUGGGGCGCCACUACAUCGCCAUGUUUGAGUCCACCCAGAACGUGAUGCUGAAGCCCACAGAGACCUGGAGAGAAGCCCUGCUCGACACCUGUGUCAUGGACCUCUUCUUCACCGUGCACAGAAAGAUCCGUGAGGACUCGGACAUGGCCCAGGACUCCCUGCAGUGCCUGGCCCAGCUGGCCUCCAUGCAUGGCCCCAUCUUCCCUGAUGAGACCGCUCAGGUCUCCUACCUGGCCCACCUGGUGGAGGGGCUUCUCAGCAUGAUCAAUGGGAUAGAGAUCGAGGACUCGGAGGCAGUAGGUAUCUCUAACAUCAUCUCCAACCUGAUCAGCACGUUCCCCCGUGUCAUCCUGACCGCCCUGCCCAGCGAGCUCUUCACCUCCUUCAUCAACUGUCUCACCCUCCUCACCUGCUCCUUCGGACGCAGCGCCGCCCUGGAGGAAGUGCUGGAUAAGGAUGACAUGGUAUACAUGGAGGCGUAUGACAAGCUGUUAGAGUCAUGGCUGACCCUGGUUCAGGAUGAUGAACAUUUCCCCCGCGGUUGCUUCGUCCAACCCGCCGUUCAGGUCUUCAACUCCUACAUCCAGUGUCACCUGGCCGCCCCCGACGGCACUCGCAAUCUGACAGCAAACGGUGUGGCAUCUCAUGAGGAGGAUGAGAUUAACGAGUUACAGGAGGACGACAGAGAGCUGUUCUCAGACCAGCUGGCCAGCAUUGGCAUGUUAGGACGCAUCGCAGCCAACCACUGUAUCCCCCUUCUGACCAGUCUGUUGGAGGAGCGGGUGACGCGGCUCCACGGCCAGCUCCAGAGGACCCAGCAGCACCUCAUGAACUCCACUAACCCCGGAUCAGUGGACCGCAAGGUCCUGGAUGACCUCUACGAAGACAUCCACUGGCUCAUACUGGUCUCAGGCUACGUCCUGACAGAUGACCCUCAGGGUGAGACUCCUCUGAUCCCAGCGGAGGUGAUGGAGUAUUCUAUCAACCACUCUACUGAGGUGGACAUCAACACCACCCUGCAGAUACUGGGCUCCCCCGGGGAGAAGGCCUCCUCUAUCCCAGGGUGCAACAGGACAGACUCUGUCAUCAGGUUGUUGUCAGCGGUGUUGAGGACAUCAGAGGUGGAGUCCAGGGCUACGAGGGCCAGUCUGACAGAACUGCUCAGCCCUCAGAUGGGGAAGGACAUUGUGUGGUUCCUCAAACGCUGGGCCAAGACUUACCUACUGGUGGACGAGAAACUCUACGAACAGAUCAGUAUCCCCCUGAGCAUGGCAUUCGGGGCGGACACGGAGGGGGCCCAGUGGAUUGUGGGAUACCUGCUAGAGAAGGUGAUCAACAACCUGUCUGUGUGGAGCUCUGAACCUGAACUGGCCAACGACACGGUGGAGCUACUGGUCUGUCUGGUGGAGAAGAGGGAGAGGGCCAACAUUGUGGUACAGUGUGAGAACUGGUGGAACUUGGCAAAGCAGUUUGCCAGCCGCAGCCCUCCCCUAGACCUGCUGUCCAGCUCAGUACAGAGGUCCCUGAUGAAGGCCCUGGUUCUGGGGGGCUUUGCACACAUGGACUCAGACACCAAACAGCAGUACUGGACAGAGGUGCUGCACCCCCUCCAGCAGCGCUUCCUCAACCUGAUCAACCAGGAGAACUUUCCUCAGAUCUGUCAGGAGGAGAGUGUGAAGCGGGAGAUCGUUGCCACCCUGGAGGCCCUGUGUGGCAUCGCCGAGGCAACGCAGAUCGACAACGUGGCGUCUCUCUUCAGCUUCCUCAUGGACUUCCUGUCCAGCUGCAUCGGCCUGAUGGAGGUGUACCGCAACACACCAGAGACGGUCAAUCUCAUCAUCGAGGUGUUCGUGGAGGUCGCCCACAAACAGAUUUGCUACCUGGGAGAGUCGAAGUCUAUGAAGCUGUACGAGGUGUGCCUGACUCUGCUGCAGGUCUACUCUAAGAACAACCUGGGCAGGAAGAGGGCUGAUGUGGCUGCUGAGGAGGACCAGUACCAGGACCUGCUGCUCAUCAUGGAGCUGCUCACCAACCUGCUCUCUAAGGAGUUCAUUGACUUCUCAGACACAGAUGAGGUGUUCCGGGGGCAGGAGCAGGGUUCGGGAGCGGCAGGUCGGUCGGUGUCGGCUGCAGACGUAGUUCUGUUUGGGGUCAACAUCAUUCUGCCUCUCAUGUCUCAGGACCUGCUCAAGUUCCCGUCUCUGUGUAACCAGUACUACAAGCUCAUCACGUUCAUCUGUGAGAUUUUUCCUGAGAAGAUCCCCCAGCUACCAGAGGAGCUGUUCAAGAGUCUCAUGUACUCCCUAGAGCUGGGCAUGACAUCCAUGAGUUCAGAGGUCAGCCAGCUGUGUCUGGAGGCUCUGUCCCCCCUGGCUGAGCAGUGUGCCAAGACCCAGGAGAAAGACACGCCUCUCUUCAUCGCUACACGCCACUUCCUCAAGUUGGUGUUUGACAUGCUGGUACUGCAGAAACACAACACAGAGAUCACAGUGGCAGCGGGAGAAGCUCUCUAUACACUAGUGUGCCUGCAUCAAGCGGAGUACAAGGAGCUGGUGGAGUCUCUGCUCGCCACCCAGCGAGACGCCGUCAUCUACCAGCGACUGGCUGACGCCUUUAACAAGCUGACAGCCAGCAGCACGCCCCCGAGCAUGGACCGCAAGCAGAAGGUGGACUUCCUCAAGAGCCUAGAGGAGUUUGUGUCCAACGUAGGUGGGCUGCUCUGUGUCAAAUAACCACUAGCCCCCAAACUCCCCUCCUCCCUAGCACCUAUUUCUAUGUCCAACCCGCUCACCGACGAUCUACCUAUCUACCUUGACCACGCCAAACCAUGAAACAGAGACCGACAGAGCUGAGGAGCUGCACUGUUAGACUGUGACAUAAAGGGGGAAGGUUGAGACACUGAAGGGAGCAGGGGUGUGGACUGGACUAUAGUGUCGUUUGGGCAGGUUUCCACGCCUGCUCCUCCCCCAUCCUCUCCUUUUUCAUCAGAGGCCCCCAGCGCACACAUACAGUGGGGGGGGGGGGAUCAGAGAGGGAUGGACUCGUCCCCUCACCCAAUAAUUUUUUGAGUUUGCCAGUGGGAGGGUUGGGAUGAACACAACAGGAGUAGGUGCCAAUCUGUUCUGAGAACGCUAUGCCUCUCCCUCUCUCCCUGCCUCUACACCCUCGCCCCCCCCAGAGUGCCUUUGAUUUCUUGUUUGUGUCGUGUGUCGACUCCUGUGUGUCCAUGUGGCCAAGCUGAGACGUGUCUUACGUACAGCAACGACUGUGCCUGUCACAUACCAAGAACACGGUGGAAGCACACACACACAGAUCUCCAUGACAACGAGAGGCUCGAUCCCGCCACCUUCGGGCUGCUGAAUCUGUUAAAUGGGAGGGCCGAUGACACAAAAAAAAACAAAUCACUUCAUGUUCAUCAAGGGUGUAUAUAUGUUUUCAAAAAAAGUGGAAAAAAUAUAUGUUUAAAACAAUGACUGAAAAGUUUUAUAAGAUAGAUGGCAGAGAAGCUGAAUUUGUAUGGUUAUGAGUUCACUUUAAGAAAGAGGGCGAAUUUGAAAACGUUUUAUUAGAUUUCUUUAUCAUUCUGGAUUGUAGUUCUAUUCUCUGCCACCCUCUGUCUCCCUAGAACCAUUUCAGUCCUGACUGCCCACAGCCAAGACACAGACAAUUAUUGGAAGGUUGGGCCCCUGAAGUUUAGCAUACUCUCUCUAGUUAUAUUUUUCUAUGUCACAGCCACUCUUUCCACUUCAAAACACACUGGAUGGAAGUUAAAGUCCCUAUAACUGAAGCAAUAAUGAACCAAAAAAGGAACAUACAGUGCCUUCAGAAAGUUCAGACCCCUUGACUUUUUCCACGUUUUGUUACGUUACAGCCUUAUUUUAAAAUGGAUAAAAUAAAACAAUUUCCUCAGCAAUCGACACACAAUACCUCAUAAUGACAAAGCGAAAACAGUAAAAAAAAAUAAAAAAACUUGCUAAUUUAUUAAAAUCUGUAAACAGAAAUACCUUGUUUACAUAGGUAUUCAGACACUUUGCUAUGAGACUCGAAAUGGAGCUCAGGUGCAUCCUGUUUCCAUUGAUCAUCCUUGAUGUUCACAACUUGAUUAGAGUCCACCUGUGGUGAAUUCAAUUGAUUGAAAAUGAUUUGGAAAGGAAACACACCUGUCUGUAUAAGGUCCCACAGUUGACAGUGCAUGUCAGAGCAGGCCGCCCGGCCAAACUGAGCAAUCGGGGAUGAAGGGCAUUGGUCAGGGAGGUGAACAAGAACCCAAUGGUCACUGACAGAGCUCUAGAGUUCAUCUGUGGAGAUGGGAGAACCUUCCACUUGGAGUUAGGUGCCAAAAGGCACCUAAAGACUCUGACCAUGAGAAACCAGAUUCUCUGGUCUGAUGAAACCAAGAUUGAACUAUUUGGCCUGAAUGCCAAGCGUACAUCUGGAGGAAACCUGGCACCAUCCCUACGGUGAAGCAUAGUGGUGGCAGCAUCAUGCUGUGGGGAUGUUUUUCAGCGGCGGAGACUGGUCAUGGUCGAGGCAAAGAUGAACAGAAAAAAUUGAGGGAUCCUUGAUGAAAACCUUCUCCAGAGUGCUCAGGACCUCAGACUGGGGCGAUGGUCGACCCUAAGCACACAGCCAAGACAACCCCGGAGUCUCUUCGGGACAAGUCUCUGAAUGUCAUUGAGUGGCCCAGCCAGAGCCUGGACUUGAACCCAAACAUCUCUUGAGAGACCUGAAAAUAGCUGUGCAGCAAUGCUCCCCAUCCAACCUGACAGAGCUUGAGAAGAUCUGCAGAGAAGAAUGGGAGAUACUCCCCAAAUGCAGGUGUGCCAAGCUUGUAGCGUCAUACCCAAGAAGACUUGAAGCUGUAAUCGCUGCCAAAGGUGCUUCAACAAAGUACUUUAUUCAGGGUCUGAAACUAAUGUAAAUGUGAUAACUUUUUUUUUGUAAAUGAGGGAAAAAAAUCUAUUAACCAGUUUUUGCUUUGUCAUUAUGGGGUAUUGUGUGUCAAUUUAUGGGGGAGGCAAUUUAAUCCAUUUUAGAAUAAGGCUGUAAUUUAACAAAAUGUGGAAAAAGUCAAGGGGUCUGAAUAAUUUCCGAAUACACUGUAACCACUUGUUUUAACCAUGCAUUUGAGACUGACUCACUGCCCUUCCUCUGUUUAGAGCACAACUGGUUAUUUGGAAUGCCUGAAUGAAUUGUAUUGAAAUGUAAAAGUGUACAUAAACGUAUUAUGUAAAAUACUUAGUUUUUCCUUUUCUGUUUACAUUGUUUUCAUUUUUGUCCGUCUCAAUUUCCUGUUAUACAGAAUAUGGAAAAAGUUCCAUAUCCGGUUUUGAUCGUGGUUGUUGAAAACAAAAUCCCAAAUAAAAAUGGUUGAAGUUAA